AUGUUUAUUUUUUCAGUUCUGUUAUCCAGAUCUUCGCACUCACUCAUGAAUGACCGUCGUGAUGGUGGUGAGGAAGAAAAUAAAGAGAAUGAACCGGCAUUAACUGGAGCUCCGAGUGACGCGGAUUUGCCCCAAUGCGAGGCUGGGGAUGAGGGAGGCAGCAGUGUCGAAGACGGUGAUCUUGAAAUCACACCGGAGCAGCUUUCCGAACAAUUAUUUCAAGCAUGGCAGAACGAGUUACACGCCCCACGACUUCUGCCACACAAGGAAUAUACUGUGGAUUUGAUGAUUGAGCUGCUUGAGGCAAUGGAAGACAAUUUUAAUAACUGUGAAGACAAACGAGCACUGAAAGUCACCUUACACAAAGUAGAAGUAAUGCGCCUUUCAUAUGUUGUUCAUGACUAUAUAAGAAAACGACUUCGAAAGGUUUCUUUUGAUUUUUUAAGACUCAGCUUGAGCAGCGAAUACUUGAUUAGCAAGCUUGUUAGUGAUAUAGCUCUGGAAUCCUUGAUUUUACUGAAAUACACUUCCAGUCGUCCCGUCCUGUCCUAA